CAUAAAUCUCACUCGAUUCACUUUACAAUUGCAAAGGAAGUUAGAGCAGCCAUGGCGUUGAUACGGACGCUUUUCGUAUCCUUCUUCUUCCUCCUAUCCUCCAUAUUGGUCGUCUCUGCUCAAGAUGGCGACAUAUACAUCGAGUGUCCCUUUCCAGAGGGCCAAGAUGUCGCAUCGGAGGAGAAAUGCGCCGAAUACCCAGCUUGUGAGUGGGCAGGUGACCUAUGCCACCUCAGGGCCAAUUCGGAGGCUGGGUACCAUGUCGUAGGAGCUCCCGUGCCCACGCCAAGGGGUUACAAGUUAAACCUGAGGAAAACUGACCCGAGUUUGACAAUGUUUGGCAGUGACAUCCAGGAUCUUGUGUUCGAGGUCAUCAACCACGAGGAUUAUCACUUGCAAAUCAAGAUUUACGACGCAAACGAAGACAGGUACGAGGUCCCAGUUCCCCUGAACCUACCAGAGGAAGCGGGCACCCAUCCACAAUACGUAGUCAACACCACCCAAGAUGGCGAACCCUUUUCGUUCUCUGUCUCUCGGGAUUCUUCGGCUGGCGAAGGACCACUUUUCAGCUUGGCGGGCGCCCUGAUCUUCGAGGACCAGUUUCUGCAGUUCACCAGCUCCCUUCCCACGGAGUAUCUUUACGGACUCGGGGAGAACACGCACCAUGUCUUCAAGCAUGACUUUGGGUCGAGGGAGACCAAGCCAUUGUUUGCUAAGGAUCAGCCUGUUGGAGAUACUGAGGUCAACCACUAUGGGGUGCACCCGUACUACGUCAAUGUCAACCACGAGACAGGCACAGUUCAUUCGGUCUUGUUCUUCAAUUCCAACGCUAUGGAGUAUUCGACUUACUUGCUUAGCGAUGGGAGACCUGCCCUUACGUUCCGUAGCAUCGGAGGGAUCAUAGACCUACACUUCUUCCUGGGACCAUCUCUGGAGGAAGUCAACAUUCAGUACUCUACUAUGGUUGGCCUCCCUACUUUCCCACAAUAUUGGACACUUGGAUUCCAGCUCUCUCGUUACGGGUAUACUUCAGUUGAAGAGGUGCGGGAGGUUCGAGAGAGAAUGAAGGCUAUGGCUAUACCCCAGGAUGGUCAGACCAUUGACAUCGACUACAUGGUGCGGUUCAGGGACUUCACCUACAACAAGGAAAAUUGGACAGAACUGCCACAACUUGCUGAGGAACUUCACAACGACAACAUCAAGCUCACUCUUAUUUGGGACCCAGCCUUGGUCAUUGACUUCGAGAACUACCCUCCUAGCCAGAGAGGAAAAGAUGCUGAUGUAUUUGUCAAGUGGAUGUCGGAGGAUUUGGUUCCAGAAGACCAGGAACCUGGAUGCGAAUCUUACAUGAUUGGCUACGUUUGGCCCGACACCAAGACUAUCUUCCCAGACUUCUUCAAGCCAGAGACAAAGACUUGGUGGGCUAGUGAGCUUGAGGCGUUCCACACGGAGGUAAGUUAUGACGCCGUAUGGAUAGACAUGAACGAGCCGGCGAACUUUGGCACCAACCUGGCCCAUCCUUGGAACUGGCCUCCUGAGAAGCCAGACUGGAGCUUGAAGUGUCCCGACAACGCAUGGGACAGCCCGCCUUACCCUACGAAGAUGGUCAGAGUCGGUGGCAGUGAGAGCAAAAGGAUUAGUGAGAAGACCAUAUGCAUGUCAGCCAACCACACAGAUGGCAACCAAACUUACCUGCACUACGAUGUCCACAGCUUGUACGGAUGGUCAGAAACUGUCGCCACCUUUGAGGGGGUAGAAGCCUUGUUCCCCGGCAAGAGGCCCGUUGUGCUCUCUCGGUCCACAUACCCAGGAUCAGGUCGUUACGCAACUCACUGGCUGGGUGACAACUCAGCCAGGUGGGACCACUUGAGGAAUUCUGUCAUAGGAAUGCUGGAAUUCAACCUCUUCGGCGUGCCAAUGGUCGGAGCUGAUGUCUGCGGCUUCUUAGAAGAUAGCACGAUGGAACUCUGUGCGCGAUGGAUGCAAGUUGGAGCCUUCUAUCCUUUUAAUCGCAACCACAACGGCAAAGGUCAAACACCGCAGGACCCUGCCCACUGGCCAGAGGUGGCUGCCAUUUCGAAAGAGGUUUUGGCUCUGCGCUACAAAUACCUACCUUACCUCUACACUCUGUUUCAUGAUGCUCAUCACCAUGGCCACUCCGUAGUUCGACCGCUGUUCAGCGAACACCUAACAGACACAGAUGCCCUGGUGGUUGAUGACCAGUUCAUGUGGGGAACGGGCAUCAUGGUUGCCCCUGUCAUGGAAGAGGCCGUUACUAGCAGAUCAGUUUACUUCCCUGCGGGAGAAUGGUAUGACCUGAGAACAGGUCACACUGUAGCCAAAGGACCUGUGACCCUCGACCUGGAUGUUCCUCUGGAAGUAAUUCCAGUGUUUGCCCGAGGAGGAGUCAUCAUGCCGUGCCAAGAACCAGCUAUCAACACUAAAGAAAGCCGACAGAACCCAUUCUGCUUGACUGUAGCCCUAGACUCAAACUCGAGCGCAUCCGGAGAGCUCUUCUGGGAUGACGGAGAAAACGUUCACACUACGGAACAUGAGGGAACAUUUUCCGCUGAAUUUGAAUAUGCAGAUGACAAGCUGAAGAUGGAGGUUUUCGACAGCACGGCACCCGUUGAGGGCCUCAAUUUGGAAACCCUGUCCUUCUUUGGCGUCUCCUCUGAUCCUAGCGGCAUCACAGUCAAUGGCGAAAGUCUCCAGUCUUCCAGUUGGAAGUUUGAGGAAUCAGUCUUAACAGUGACCUUGUCUGUGCCCUUGGGACAAAACCUGGAGGUCAUACUUUCAUUUUGAUAUUCUCUUUUUAUCUCUGACGAGGUCAGGUAAAUAGGUUCUAUAUGUUCAUGUUUUAGGUGAGGUGAAAUAAAAUGUAUUGGCAUUUAUUGGUGUAACA